AUGGGCAGACACAACAAAGAAUACUCGCCCGUCUACUCUGACGAGAGGUCAGCGACCAGCCUAGAGGAUGUCGAGGUCGAACUUGCGGCAGCCCAGGAGCGGCAGCCAUCAAGACUCUCCAAGCUUGGGCUCUGGGCUGUCCACGCUGCAUUUAUGAUCGUCUACACGUCGAUAUUCAUCGUUUCGAUGUAUCAGAAGAACACAGUCUCUGGGGUUUUCAGCCUAUUAGAUUCACCACCGAACGCCAUUGGCGAUAAGACACAUCUUGAAGUCUUUCCGAUCCAGGGGCCGCCCCAUGGAAAAUACACGGGAGAACCGAGGCCUGAGGUAGACCAGGCGUGGAAAGACUUGUUGCAGUGUAGGCAAUCCCGAAGUCAUCCACUCGAGAAAGUAUCAGAGGACUGGGUAAACCGUUGGGGUCGGGAGCACGAAGCUGUAAAGCUUCCCGACGGUGGCUAUCUUGGCAUGCUGAGUGUCUUCCAUGAGCUUCACUGCAUUAAACGCCUCUACCAGACACUGUCUCCAGAUUACUACUUCCCCAACGCGACCGAGCGAGAGAUUGCGACGAACCGGGAGCACAACCAGCACUGCCUCGAGGUCCUCCGAAUGGGUGCGGCCUGUCGUGGCGACAUUUCCAUCAUCACUCACAUGUGGACCGACAUUGAUGCGCAGCCCAUCGUCAACCAGACGGCGCCACACCAGUGUGUUGACUUCGACAAGGUGAUGGAGUACUCCCGUGACAACACCGUAGACGUGUAUCAGGAGGACUACAUCGUCCACCCCAAGUUCGGCCCAUCAUUCCCUAAGGGAAACAGUAUCAAGCCUUUCAAGGGGCAGGAAAUGGGACAUCACCACUAA